AAAAAUGACUCUACUAUUCUGGGAAUAGCAACCCAAUCAAUCACAAAUCAUUUUCAUCAAAAUGUACUUCGAAAUAGGUUGUAUUCUCUUGAUUUCAUUUGUUUCAGCUAACACUGCUUCCAAUCUUAAAAUCAUGGGAGGCGAACCGGCAGAUAUCAAAGACCAUCCAUACAUAGUGAGCUUGUAUUAUUUUGGUUACUUUUGGUGUGACGGGUCUAUUUUGGAUGAAUACACCAUUCUUACUGCAGCACAUUGUGUUUUUAGAUCGCAAUUACCUGAGGAUUAUUUUAUCUCAUAUGGAAACACAAAUGUUAGCUCAGGUAAUAAAAUGCAGGUCACCAGAGUGACAUAUCAUGCAAACUUCCUCUACCAACCACCCUGGACAUACGACAUAGCAAUAAUCAAGCUCACUGAACCAAUUUCAUUCGGAGACACUGCUCAGCCCUUGAAGCUACCCAAAUCACACGAGAGCACACCAGCCAACAAAACAGCUUCAUUAGCAGGUUGGGGCGAAGACGAUAUAUCUCCUAAAUCACAAAUUCUGCGUGCGGUGAACCUCACCAUUUCCACUGAUGAAGAGUGCGUGGACAGUUACCGAAAUGUCGAUGGAGGUGGACUUAAUCCUAAGACUGAACUAUGUGCUGGAGUUCCAGAAGGUGGAAAGGGGCCGUGCCAUGGCGAUUCAGGAGGACCUCUUGUUAUUGACGGCGUUCAAUAUGGAAUUGUAUCAUAUUCCAAAGGAUGUGUUGAAAAAGGAUAUCCCGCAGUAUUCACGAAAGUUUCAGGAUACCUCGACUGGAUUGAAAAACAUAGAUGAAAUGAAUGGAAUGGCAGAGAUAUAUUCUAGACUUGCAUAUAUGAAUAUAAUAUUUCUGAACGAUUAUUGAAUUCAAAAUAAAUAAAAACAAAUCUUUUGAAUGAGUGAAA